AUGGCAGAUGACAGUGAAGAUAAAGAACAGGAGAAUAAACAAUCCGCCUCUGUUCUAUCGGAUAUAAGCAUAUUAAAUAUAGCUAAAGCAUUAACUGAAAAUGAUAUACGAGCAUUUUUAUUAUUAAAUAUACCAUUGACAACAUGUAUUAAUAACUAUGAAGAAAUGCGUACAUUCAAUCAACGUGAAGCAGCCUUUAAACAAAAAACACUUAUGUAUUGGAAAAAAUUACGUGAAAGUGUUAAAGAUGAGGUGAAAAUUGCUGAAUUAGAAUAUGCCCUUAGACAAUCAGAUCAUAAAGAAUUGGCUGAUAUACUUGUUGAACGAAAUCGUAUGAAUUUAGAGAUUACACGUGAUCUUUUACAGAAAUAA